AUGUCAGAUCUCCAUACCAAGGAGACCGUCGAGCAUAAUGACAUCAGUUCCUCUCACUACACCACACCGGCUAAGCUGAGUGAGGAAUUAUCAGAUUUCGGCAACGAAAAGGGCGCCAUUCCCACUCGCCCAAAUCAUAUUGGGAAUCGAGUUUCAGAAUGGGAGGCAAUACAGAUCGCUGCUGCGGGUGAUAUGGAGACGAUUGAUAAUGAAGUGCAAGAUUUGGAAGCAGAGGUCACAGCUAGAGGCAAAUCUCGUUCCGACGUAUUUCAGUUGAGCUUCAAGGACCCCAGGCACUACACUUGGUUAUUAGUUGCUUUUGCCUCUAUGGGAGGUCUGCUUUCCGGUAUCGAUCAAUCUUUGAUUUCUGGCGCAAAUCUUUACAUGCCUAAAUCGCUUGGGCUCGAUACAAAACAAAUUAGUUUGGUCAGCUCAGGUGUACCAUUAGGUGCUGUUGGUGGUGCAUUAAUGCUUGGUCCUUUGAACGAAGCCGUCGGACGAAAGCAAGCUAUUGUAUGGUCUUUAUUCCUCUACACAAUUGGCGCUGCACUCGAAGCUGGUGCCGUCAAUUUUGCCAUGAUGAUGGCUGGACGUGUUAUUCUGGGUCUUGGCGUCGGUUUGGAAGGUGGAACUGUUCCUGUCUAUGUCGCUGAGAGUGUCUCGCCCAAGUAUCGAGGUAAUCUCGUCUCUCUAUACCAAUUUAUGAUUGCUCUUGGAGAAGUUCUUGGUUAUGUCGUCGCAGCCAUGUUCGUCGGUGUUAAAUCUGGUGGUUGGAGAUUUAUGCUAGGAUCAUCGCUUGUGUUUUCCACCAUCAUGCUCGUCGGUAUCCUUUUCAUGCCAGAGUCACCUCGUUUCCUCAUGCAUAAAGGGAAAACUGCCGAUGCUUGGGGUGUCUGGAGACGUAUCCGUGGUACGGACGAGACUGCUCGUAAGGAAUUCUUUGUCAUGAAACACUCAGUCGAUUCCGAGCGUGAGAUGGAAGGUGCCCGCAAGAGAUUUGCAUGGCUUGAUUUCAUUACCGUUCCUCGUGCUCGUCGCGCCAUCGUUUACGCCAAUGUCAUGAUCUUCUUGGGGCAAUUUACCGGUAUCAACGCCAUUCAAUACUACAUGGCCACACUUAUGCAACAAGUUGGAUUCGAUGACAAGGAGGCUGUAUUCAUGUCCCUCGUUGGUGGUGGAGCUCUUCUCAUUGGUACCAUCCCAGCCAUUCUCUAUAUGGAGAAGUUCGGUAGACGUUUCUGGGCCAUUGCUAUGCUUCCUGGUUUCUUCAUCGGUCUUGUCAUCAUCGGAUGCUCAUACUUGAUUCCUUUGAGCAACAAAGCCGGCUCGCAAGGUACUUACAUCACGGGUCUUAUCAUCUACGAAGGUUUCUUUGGAUCCUACGCAUGUCUUACCUGGGUCAUUCCAUCCGAGGUAUACCCAACCUAUCUACGCUCCUACGGAAUGGAAACUUCUGAUACCAUUCUCUUCCUCUGUUCGUUCCUCGUCACAUACUUCUUUGCUGAGAUGCAAAAAGCCAUGUCGAACAUCGGUCUCACACUCGGUUUCUAUGGUGGUAUCGCAGUGCUUGGCUGGUUCUAUCAGGUUUUAUAUAUGCCUGAGACUAAGAACAAGACUUUGGAGGAAAUUGAUGUUAUUUUCAGUCAACCUACAAGUCAACUUGUUAAAGAGAACUUGAGAAGUAGUUUGGUUACCGCCAAUGAUUUUAUUCAUGGGCGAUGGGGCAAGGUCUUCUCUCCUGUUUCUGAAAGCGAUAUCUUCAGGAAGGAGAAUGGUCAUAAAUCUGAUGAGGGUGGUAUGGGCCACACUAAGCAUGAAGAGUUGAUGCAACCAGAGUCCUUGUAG